AUGAACGCCUUCAGAGCUCUUCGGCCAGUCGCCUCAAAAAUACAGGCCCCUACCCUGCCGCGAAUCACUAGGGGAUUUGCAGCUUCUUCUAGGCUGGGAUAUGAGCACAUUCAAGUCUCAGAGCCCAGGCCAGGUGUCGGUCAAGUCACGCUCAACAGGCCAAAGGCUCUCAACGCCCUCAGUACCCCACUGAUCAAGGAGCUCAACACGGCACUGGGCGACUACCAAAAGUCGGAUAGCAUAUCGGUCAUUGUAAUCACAGGCUCUCAGAAGGCCUUCGCAGCAGGCGCCGACAUCAAGGAGAUGGCACCUCUGACCUUCUCCAAGGCCUACACCGAGUCAUUCAUCGAGAACUGGUCAGACCUGACCACUCAGGUCAAGAAGCCCAUCAUAGCAGCCGUUUCUGGGCACGCGCUUGGCGGCGGCUGCGAGUUGGCCCUGAUGUGCGACUUUAUCUACUGCACCGAAUCGGCCAACUUUGGCCAGCCUGAGAUCAAGCUGGGCAUCAUUCCCGGCGCCGGCGGCAGUCAGCGCCUCACCAAGGCAGUUGGGAAGGCUCGUGCCAUGGAGCUGAUCCUCACUGGCAAGUCCAUGACUGGUGCCGAGGCCGCCCAGUGGGGUGUCGCUGCCCGGUCCUUUGCCACGUAUGAGGAGCUGAUGGAGGCCACGCUCAAGACGGCCGAGACGAUCGCAGGCUACUCCAAGGUUGCGGUCCAGGCGUGCAAAGAGGUGGUCAACAAGAGCCAGGAUCUGGGUCUGCGCGACGGCGUUGAAUACGAGCGUAGGAUUUGCACCGACCUUCUCUACCAACCAUUGACUCUACUCGAUUGUCUGCACACAUUUUGCGGCGCAUGCCUCAAGGACUGGUUCGGAUGGCAGGCCGCGGCGGCUGAGAGCGCACCUACCCCUCCGGCACCCAACUCUCCAGUUUUUACCUGCCCAUCAUGCCGUGCACCGGUUCGAGAUACGAAGCACGAUGCCAAGGUCGCCACCUUGCUCGACAUGUUCCUGUCCGUCAACCCGACAAAGGCGAAGCCUGAGAACGAGAUGGCCGAAAUGAACAGGAAAUAUAAGCGUGGAGACAAGGUGCUUCGUCGCCUCAAGAUACCGCACAGGACGCCCGAGCAGCUCCGUCUUGACGAGCAGGAGAGGCGCUUGAUCGAGGAAGUGCGUGCUCUAAGUCUACAGGAGGCUUUCAAUGCGGCCGAGGCCCAGCAGCAGCAGCAACAGCAACAGCAGCAACAGUCGUCGAGGUCACGGAGGAGGACUGACGAGGCACCCGCUGCCAAUACGAAUGGGGCUAUGAGGGAAUCUCGCUCAUCUAGAGCUUCAGCUGUGGCUACAGCCAGGAGCAGAGAACCUAGCACAGACAGCGGCCACAGUGCCGCCAGUCGCGCCAGGGACGCAAGGACCAGGGAGAGAACAAGACGGCAGCUGGCUGAGGCAGAGAACCGAAUUCGUGCCGAGCAGACCAUUAUGCUACAGCCAGAUGCCAGGCACGGGGAGGAAAGGCGACGCCGCAGCAGCGAGUCGCAUCACCGGCGCCCCAACGAAUCUGCAGAUUCGAGACGCCGACCAAUCGAGCACCAAUCAUCCAUCAGAUCGCUGAUGAGCACAGACUCUGGUUCACUCGACAUUGACAGAGAAAUCGAAGAAUUUGCGCGGCAGAUCCAGGAGGAGGGCCUGUUGGAUGGGCUUGACUUGGAAAACAUUGACCUCAACAACAAUGACGAGCUCAGCCGCAAGAUCACAGAAGCAUACCGUAGACGACAACGGGAAAGGGCCGCGCGAAAUCGCACUGAGAGGAGGAGUGAUGCUUCGCGCUCUUCCGGACCAAGAGCGUCACGAACACAGACAACUGAGCCCUCAAGCCGGUCGCGGCGACGCUCACUUUCCCUCUCGGCACCGCAGGCUGCAUCAAAUCCGCACAGUCGUUCAACUAGUGCCACUAGCCAAUCCGAGGAGCGUAGUAGACCUCCGGUGACCGUCUCUCCCCACCUGGACGUGCGAGCCAACUCACGCCGUCGGCGUCAAUCAACUAGUAGAACACGAAGUUCGACAACUCCUUUACCUUCCAGUUCGGGACAGGCCCAAGCACAACAACCGGCGCAGCAGCUUCCGAACAGAUCAGCAGUCCGCUCGCAGACUGAUAUUGGCUACUCAAGACCUGCGGAGGCAACGCGACCGGUCAUUGCAGAGUCCAGAAGCUCUAGCUCUCCAUCCAUGUCGACAGGUACAGGCCAGGUCGAACAGGCCAUCAGUGUGCUCCCGUUUAGCGCUAGAGUCGCUGGAACGCCGCCCUCGGUGACUCCUUCUUCGUUUGAGAACAAGGCCGGUCGUGGAAGGCGGGUCGGGCGGCCGUUGGACAUUGGUGUCAGCCCAGUCUUGAACCAUCUAGCUUCGGAUUCUCCGCCAGCUCUGUCUCCCAAGCCCAAUCCUGACGACUCCAAGUUGCGGAAAACCCAGCAGAUUUACGAGGAGCCUAAUAUAUCAUGCUCUGCAUGCGCCAAGCAGCAUAUAGAGUACGAGGUGCACUACAACUGCGAUGUGUGUGACGAUGGCAACUACAAGCUUUGUUUGAGGUGUUAUCGUAAAGGCAAGGGCUGUCAUCACUGGUUUGGAUUUGGCACAUUCGGCAUUCACAAGUGGAAGUGGUAUCGAGAAAUUGAGGGAAGCUCAUUCCCCGAGCCCCACGUGCUCACGGCGAGCAGAUACCUUCCGCCAGAAACGUCAAACAGUAACAACCCGGCCGAGCGGCUUCAAAGAGGGGCAUUCUGCUCCCGUUGUUUAGCGUGGGCGAAUGAUUGCUACUGGACCUGCGGGAUAUGCAACGAUGGCGAUUGGGGUUUCUGUAACGGGUGUGUAAAUCAGGGCCGCUCAUGCGCACAUCCUCUCGUGCCAGUUGCACGUUUCCCCAAGAUCAGCAAUGGAGAGCAGACUGAUUCACAGCCGCACUCGGCCUCGUCUGCGCAAACGCCCAUUCCGACGCCCCCCAUGAGCCCGAUUGUCAACUCGUCACUGCGCCCCGGUGCGGAUCGUUCGCGGCGGACAAGCAGCAUCAGUAGCAUCCUCAGCGGGCCCACAUCCAAGUUUCUCACAUUUACAACCACAUGUGACGUCUGCCGUUGCGAGAUUCCCCCUGCACAGAGUCGCUUCCACUGCUACUAUUGCACAAGCUCGCUGGUGCCCGACUCUCGGCCCGGCGAUUAUGAUAUCUGCGAGUCCUGCUACGUUGGCGACAGGCGACAGGCCGUCAGCUCUGAGAAUGGUGCUGCUGGCUGGCGCCGGUGUCCGCAAGCUGGUCACAGGAUGGUCGUUGUUGGUUUCCGAGAGACCAAACCUGGCAGGUGGUAUCGCCUCAUCUUGAGGGAUCUAGUGGGCGGCAGGAAGCUCAAAGUGAAUCCCGUAGAAGGAUUCCCACAGCUGCAGCGCUGGUCUUGGGUUUCCGAAGAGGGGCGGGCUAUGGAGAGGCUGGUUUCUGUCGACGUGCGUGAGCGCGCAAUUAUGGGCCCUGAUGUGUCAGGGUUGCCCGCCUCUGCCGUUGCGGCCGCAGAGACGACGGUAUUCCCUCCUGACGGAGGCACGGGCUGGAGGAGACAGGCCAGGUGGGCGUGGUAUCCUGAACCCGACGCGCGGGAUGAGCUGAUGUUCCCUAAGGGGGCUGAAAUCCGUGAAAUUAAUGACGAGAACCCGCAGUGGUUUUCGGGCACAUAUAUGGGGGAGAGGGGCGUCUUCCCCGCCAACUAUAUGUACCAGCCUGAGACAGAACCGGGCAACUGA